AGAUUAGAAGAUCAGACAGACAGAAGCUCGACUCCGGCUUUCGGAUUAAGAACAGCUAGUGACUCGAGCAAAAAGUUGCGUUUCUGCAUGAGCGGAGUCUUCGAAGCAGCCAAACGGACAUCACCUUCGUCAGGAGUAGAACAGCAGGAAGCGAAGGACUGCCCCCAUCGUCAAUCUCCGCUAUACCAUUGUCCCUCUUGCGUUUCCGAAAUACAAGUGAAACUGGAAAGUGCAGAGUGGGGGCACUGAACCCUUCCAAAGAAAUCCUCACGCCUGCAUUUGAUGUGCUAUUGUCUCCACUUGAAAUGUUCUAUUUUUCGAAAACCUAGUCUCCGGGAAAAGUUACUUUGAAACGCACAAGGAAUAUUUUUUAAACUCAAAAAGAGAUACGCACCUGGCGCUAUAAGAUUAAGAGAUGGUCAAGGGAAAGGCGAUAGCUUUUUAUUACUUGUUGCUACUCGAACUCAGUGCGCCACGCGGACUGGCUUUCUCCGUGGCAGGACAAGUGAGCACCUGCGAUGCCAACGGCAGUGUAUACUACGUGGGUGAGUGGUACUUUCUGGAUUCGGACCCCUGCACCCAGUGCGAAUGCACCACCGAGGGAGCGGCCUGCGGCAAAACGGAGUGUACCGCGUUGCCCGCCGCGUGUAUUCACGUGAGCCACUACCCGAAAGACUGCUGCCCGCGGUGCGAGAAGAUCGGAUGUGAACACCGAGGCGAGGUCUACGAGCUCGGGCAACAAUUCCAGCCUUCGGAAUGUGAGCAGUGCACAUGCAACUCAGACGGCAUUGCCCGCUGCUUAGUGGCUGACUGUGCUCCACCUCCCUGUGUUAACCCUGUCUAUGAGAAAGGGAAAUGCUGUCCAGAAUGCAAAGAAGGUCCAAACUGUUAUGCCGACUCAUCCCAAACACAAGUGAUCCCAGGAGGGGAACCCAUGUGGAUUGAUUCGUGUACCAAAUGCCAGUGCCAUGAUGGUCAGGAUGUCGGCUACUGGGAAGGCAAUCGUGUGGCCAAGUGUAUGAAAAUGCCAAACUGUGACCCAGAAGAUGUGCACAGUCUACCUUAAGAUGUUUUAUAUAUUUUUACUUCCAUUUCCCUUUUUGGAGUUAUGACUAUAGAUUACAACAAACUGAAAUGUCUCUGUUUUAUCCUGGAUCUAGAAGCUAUUGUAUUGGCGAUUAAUUCCUUAUAAACACCACAGCAGUUCACCAGUACAAAUGACAGUACUGUGGGCCUGUUUUGGGAAAAGGUGCCUUUCUCAGUGGGAAAUGUCAGUUGAUAAUUUUGGAAAAAUAUGCCAGAAAUAAAUUGUCACUGAAUACUCCGUUCGUAUGUACAUGUAUAAUUUCAACAGAGGCUCUGUCUAUGAAGAGAGUGCAGGAUUUAGACCUUUGAGAUGACUUCCUUGGUGGCAGAAAGAAUUGGUUUCGUUUAGAGUUAGUAGUGGUGGAUGAGGGGAGGUGGAUGGUUAGCAGAGUUGACUUGCAGGUCCACCUACUGAGUUUUGAAUGCUGCACCUGGUCAUUUCGUAUAUGACGUUUGCAUGUUCUUUCCAUGUCCUUGUGUGUUUCAUCCUGAAUACUCCAGUUUUCCUCCCACCAUCUAAAGAUGUGCAGUUAUUUGACAAACCAAAAUUGGCCCACAUGAGUGAGUUAGCCUGGCAGUGGACUUGUGCUCAAUGCUGACACCUCCUCCUUGUGACCCUGAACUUGAUCAGAAAACCAAUAGAUAGAAGACUUCAUAAAUUGUUAUCAUGGGAAGUUUUCACAUUUUAUUGUUAUGCAACAUUGAAUCUUGGCGGAUUUAAUUUGGCUUUCCGGUGUGGGGCUGAGGUGUCACCCACUUCACUCGGGUCCCAAUCCAGGCGGUUCGCUGUGUGAUAGGUGCGGCAACACACUAUCAGUGCAUACUCCCAUCCCUUAUUGACACCGAUCAACAGAAAAUGUGUCCUUAAUGUCAAAGUGAAAACAGAUCUGUGCUGACCUGUCUAAAUUAAUUAUAAAUAUUAACCACUAAAUAAUUAAUCAUACAUGUUUUUAACCCCUCCAGGUAAGUGUUAAGUAUUGGCACCUCUGGCUCCAUGACAGCCUUCUGUCUCUGUCGGCUUUGCACAUCUGCACACUGCCAUUUGUCCUCAUUUUUCUUUUCAAAACUGCUUAAGCACUUUCAGGCCACAUGGUGAUCAGGAGUGAACAGCCUUUUUCAAGCCCAGGUAGAAAUCUUCAAUUAGAUUGAGCUGUGGAGUCUGACUCGGCCACUCCAGGACAUUCACAUUGUUGUUUUUAAGCCAUUUUGUGGCUUUGACUUUGGUGCUGAAAACAUAUCUUCUCCCAAAAGUCGACUGCAUCAGCUUUUCUCCAGAACUUCUCUUUGUUUUACUGCAUUCAUUUUUCUAUCACAAGCUUUCUAGGGCCUGCUGCAGAGUAGCAUCCCCAUACUCUGAUCCUGCAACUGUGGGGAUGGUCUGUUUUUUGUGCAGCGUUUGGCUUACACCAAUCAUGGUGUUUAAUCUGAUGGGUAAAAAGCUCACUUUUGGUCUCAAAAUGUCAGCCCACUUGACAGUCUCUCAUGUGUCUUCUAGCAAACUCUCUUCUUUAACAGUGGCUUUCUCUUUCCCACUCAUUAGGCUACAACUGGUGAAGAACUUGGGCAAAUGUUGUUGUCUGAACAGUCCCUCCAGUCUCAGCCAUUUUGCUUGUAACUCCUUUAGAGUUCUCAUAAGUCUGUUGGUGGCCUUUCUCACUAGUCGUCUUCUUGCCUGAUCACUCAGUUUUUGAGGACAGACUGCUCUAGGCAGAUUUACAGCUCUGCCAUACUCUUUCAAUUUCUUAAUGUUUGAUGUCACUGAGCUCCAAGGGGUAUUCAGUGACUUUAAUAUUCUCUUGUCUCCAUCUCCUGACUUGUGCUUUUCAAUCACGUGUUCACAGAGUACCCUGGAGUACUCUUUUGUCUUUGUUGUGUAGAUUAGGCCAUCAUACUGACUCACCAAAAGUUGGACUUUCCAGAUAAGGUGCAUUUAAUCUGCAAUUAAUUAAAACACAGAUGGGUGAAUUAAUUAAUUAUGUGAUCCCUAAAAUCAGUUGGCUGCAUCAGGAGUGAAUACUUAUGUGAUUCAUUAUUUGCAUUUUGUAUUUGUAAUUAUUUUUGACCACUUUGCAGAGAUCUGUUUUCAAUUUGACAUUAAUGAGUCUUUUCUGCUGAUGAAUAUCAAAAAAGCCAAAUUAAAUCCACUGUGAUUCAGCAUUGUAUAACAAUAAAAUCCAAGGGGUGAGUAUUUCCUAUAGGAACUAUAACAAUGACCCAGUUUGUAUUCAAUAAAAUAUAAACAACUACAGAAAAGAAAGCAAAUAGAAAGUCUUCCCAAAAUGCCUCAGCUAUUCCUUUGUGGUAGCGUAAGUGUGGUGGAUUCAGGAGGUCGCCUGUCGUAUGAAUGUGCAGAAGGCUAUGCCGGCAUGGGCUUCUGGGGAGAGAAGGUGCUACUUUUUUAUUUUCUAAUACAUCUGUAAUUUUAAUAUAUGUUAUGAAUCACUUGUCACUGCUUUUUUUUUCUCCCUAUAAACCACCUUUAAAAUAAAGAUCACUUUUAGCAACGUUUUGCCA